AUGACAAACUUAACAUUUAUGUCAUUUUUUAUUUGUCUAUCUGGACGCUGCUCUGUCGUCUACGUGAAACAAGAUCCUGAUCCUGUAUUUGGACCAGGCUCCAACAAGAAGUCGAUGGCGCUGACAGGAAGUGGUCGUAAAAUAAAGGACAAUGCAGCAGAUUUUCACAAUAUAAUCCUGCGCUGGGACCGACUGAACAACGAAGGUUUAAACAUCUGCACCAAGAUCAGCAACAUGAGGACUCGGUCUCGUCUGGAUCCGGACCGUGCUGUGGUUGGAGACUCUGUGAUGUUCCAGUCUUCCCCUGCAGGAGCUGGGGAGCUGCAGGACGAAUGCUGCAAACUACAGGAGAUUGUCAAAAAAAUGUCUGGUUUGGUGCUGAAGUUGGACCGGUUGCUGGACUCUCACUCAGGCCUCGCAGAUCUGGACCGGUUCAGGACCCAAGGCCAGACCCCUCCCCUGUUCCACACCUGGACCACUGCAGACUUUGAAUGCUGGGCUCGCUCGGUCCGGUCGUGGUUUCGGUCUGAGUUGGAGCUGAAGACCCUGAUCCUCCAGGACUUGGCCCACUGCGACAGUCCGGACCUGGUGCUAGUCUAUCUUAGUCUGUGGGUCCACGAGCCCCACCUCCCGGUCCGGACCCGGCUGGAGCUGGAGGGCCUUCUGCUGGAGACCGGACAUCGAGACCCAUGA